GUUGUCGUGCAGCCCCUAAACUCUGUGUAUAAAAGGUAUAAUAUCAGACACACACCACAAAGCAUUGCUCACUGCCAGCAAUGGAAACAUCUUCAGUCCUCCUUGUGUGCAUCCUGGUGACAUGUUCAGUCUGGACAGUCUACGGGAGAAGCUUCGAGAUCAGCAUUGAUGAUCAGGAGCAGGUGGAAGUGGACAUCUCUGUGAAUGCCGGCAAGCUUCCAGGUGUGUGCUGGGCGUGCAAGUGGGCUUUAAACAAAGUGAAGAAAGCUGUCGGAAAUAAUGCCACUGUUGAGAAACUGAAAUCAAAGUUGAUGUCCGUCUGCGACCAAAUUGGCCUCUUAAAAUCUCUGUGCCGCAAGUUUGUGAAGGCACACCUCUCAGAAUUAAUCGAGGAGCUCACCACCACUGACGAUGUGAAGACGAUCUGUGUCAAUACUGGAGCCUGCAAGCCAAAGGACAUGUCGGACUUGGACCUGGUCUUUUAUCCAAGCGAGGAGGAGCCAUUUGUUGAAAUUAAAAAAUUUCUCUGAGGUUGUAAUUAUGGGCAAUAAUUAAGAUGCACUUAAUUUGCAAGAAAAAUAUACAGUAAACCACAUGUGAUUGACAUAAAAAGGUAUAUAAUCAAGAAUCUCUUUUAACCACUGCAUUUACUUUGUGCUGUGCUUUCUCUUGUACCUUUUUUUUUCUUCUUUGCAAUGCCUCUAAUGUCACUUCAUAUUUCUGUAUCUGUGCACAGAUAUCAAUAAAUGUUUGCAUUUCA